GUGGUCUUCCUGUGAUGUAAACCUAAUCUUGUUACCCAGCAUUCCCCAUCUUUUCACUGGCAGGUGCAGGAGAGGGGCUGCUUGACUCUGAGCCCCUGGAGCUCCUCUCCACUCCAAGGCGACCCCAGUCCCCCUUCACUUCCCUCCUGCCCUGCCCCAGGUGUCUCUCCCUUCUGGGCCCGACACCUGCAUGUUGGCCACCGGGCUGAAGGUAGAAAGGUCUGAGAGAUGCCGGCCAGAAAGGUCUCAUGUCCAUUGGAGGUGAUACAGGCAGCAGGCACAAUCUUCCCCCCACCCCAACUGCCCAGUCCUUCCACAGUGAAGAAGCCCCAUGGGGCCUGGUCAAGACAGUGGAGGCCAGCCUGCUCUUUCCCACUUUUCACACCAGGACCAUGGAGGUGGGGCAAGGAGAUGAUGGAUCCUGGACUCAGAGCCCAGCCCCCCAGAAGCUCUGAGUACAAGAGAGGGCUCAGUUCUGUGUCCUGCCCUGGCCACGCCCUGGGAAGGGGAACACAAAAGGCAAAGUCCUCCCUGUGAGCACGGAGGCCUCUGCUAACUCCCCCUAAAUAGCAAGAUUUGGGUGUUUCACUGACCUGAGUGCUUUUGGGGACUUUUAAUUGCAUUUUUAUGUACCAUGUAACACCAAGGGCACCCCCUCCCCUCCGCUUUAUUUCCUAACCAAAAGGAGCUUUUCCUAAUCUCCUGGGCUGAUUGCCUACAAGGGGCCUGAACAUCCACAGACUGGCCACUGCCUUUGUUCCUGUGGAUUUAUGACCUGUCACCCCUGCCACUAACUGGUCCCCCUGUGACCACUAUAGCCCUGCCCAGCCUCUGCUGGCCUCUGUUCCUGGAUCUUGGGGGAUCAAAAGGCCCAAAUGCUCAGGAAGUCUAUGCUCAGGCAAACUUUGAAGGUAGGAUCAGUAGUCCGAGGGACAAAUGGCAGGAAGUGGGUCUGCUAGGAGAGGCUGUGUGAAAGAGGGGGAGAGGGCUUGGUGGCCCCAAAAGGGAAUAACUAGGCUUCUGGAAGGAAAAGGCCCAGCCAGCCAGCCAGCCAAUGAGCCUGCUAAGAGAAAUUGGGACUGACCUCAAAGAUGGGACCUUGGACAAUUUUCUGUCCAACCAAGAAGGAUUUUGCUACUCUUAAACCUGCUCUGUCCUUAUGCUGUUAUUUCCAAAGGUACUUGGUCACACAGAGACAUAUCCCAGCACUUAACUUCUCCUUCCUUCAACUCUAGACAGCAAUGCUCAAUAUCCAUCCUCCAUGUAAGACAAGCCCAUUGAGGUCCCUAGCUCUUCCUUCAUCCUCCUCCUUUCUGACAACUGUCACCUGACCUUUUAUUUUUACAAAUUCAACUUUACAUCAUGUCCUACAACCACAAUUAAGUCUUCCUUGUCUUCUCUAUAGAUUGAGAUUAAAUGCUGAAGCCUUUAUGAACAGUGUUACAUUAUUGUGACUGAGAAAGGAUUAUUAGGCCAAGUAUUAUGCUGAGAUUACAUUUCUCCUUUGGGGAAGCUUUUUGUUUUUCCUGGAGUUCCUAGUUGCCUUUCAUUUUUUGCUGGCACCUUUUGCCUUUAUCUUGCCUCCUUCCAUCCCCCCACACCCAUGCCUCAUCCAAUCAGGUGUGAUAAUUGGUCUUUUCCCAGAGGCCUCCCCCAGGUCCCCAGUCAUCAUGUCCCAAUAUUAACUGCCUUUCAUGGAGAGCAUUCUAAAAUACCUGUUUGUUCAAACAAUAUAGUGGAUAAUGGGAAGGCUAUGAAUCAGAGGACAAGAAAUAUCACUCAGUUUACUUUUCCAUAUUGCCAUUUUUCAAAGUAGUGAAAGCUUAUUAUUUGGCGGUGGGGGGGUCUCCUUCUCUGGGGUGAAGUCUGAGUGUUGAAGAAAAUUAAGUCACAGGCCAGUUAUGUGCUCUCUUGGGGUCUACCACUUAAGCACCCCCAUCUGUCAGCCCCACAACUAGGAGUAGGUGGGUAGCACACUUGGGUCUCCAAGCAGCCAGGCAGGGUAGAAGGAAGAGAGUUGAGCUUUCUGGCAUGUGGAAGAGACGGAGUACUAGAGGAGGUGAUGGAAGUAAAGGUGUCGGUUCAUAGCUGGGUGUGCAGUGCUGGCUGGGAUGGGGGCGGGGUCUCAGGGGCCUGCUCAGAGCAGGGACAGGUAAGAAUCAGCAGAAGGGGCUCUCGGGUAAUUACAGAGGCAGUGAGGUGGCAUUGGGAAACUUCAAACCUCUCACCAAACUUGCCCUGCCUAUAAAGCUCCCUCUGGUGAGGAUCCCAGAAUGACAUAGCUACAGGGAAGGCUCCCAGAUGCAUCUUCAGGUGGCUGGGGUGGGCUGGGCUGUUUUGUGGCCUAGCACUGCCACCCCAUGGCCCUGCAGUCUGUGGAUGUUCCCUUCCCCUACUGCCUUCCAGCCAGGGUUGGGGCAAACGGUGCCCUUGACCAGGGAUGCUCAAAGCCCGGAGGGGCACAGACCCUGACAACCCCAAUCCUCAGUGAGUUGUGAGGUAACGGUGCAUUCCCACCAGGGACAGGGUUGGGGAAGCUGAGACCUGACAGUGAGGAAAUACACAUUGAAGGGGGUUUGGAGGUGUUCCAAGCAAAGGCUCGGUGUGCAAAUGUCCGGCAGCCAGAAAGCAUCUUGGCAUUCUGGCUCUGCUGGGUGGCGGAUGGACCGAGGCCGGUGGAGCAGGGGCCAGGCCAGGGUCCCCAGGGCACUCCCCAAGGGCGCGGCACCCAACCCGCGGAGGCCGGGCCGCCAGAUGGGCGGCCCGCAGUGGGGGUGACAGUCGUCUGGCGGACCCUGGCGCACCCGCCGCCCGCGCACAGGACAAAGCGGCGUAGACAAAGGCGCGGCCAACACCUGUCGCUCUUGGCUCGGCCUCCGCUUUUCUCUGCAGAAGCGGCUGCAGCUGCCAACUGUCACGGGCAUCAAGUUACGGGGACCAGACGGCGGCCUUCGCGAGCCUGGCGGGGGGUGGGGUGGGGGACUGAGGGAAGGGGGAGCCGAGGACGGUCGGGAGGGGGCUCGGGACAAAUGAACAGGGAUGGGCACCAGGAAAGGAUGGGCGGUGGGAAGGCUGGAAGGGAACGGAAGGUCAAAGGUGGGCGCGGGGGAGUGAAGGGGACUGGGGGAGACGGUGGGGGCUCAGAGGGUCGGCGAUGAGAACCAGAAAAGAACCAGGGGCUCGUUUGGGGGGUGGGGGGAUACCAGGAAAGGAGGGGCGGGGUGGGGAGCGACCAGAAGGGAGCCUGGAGGAGGAGCGGUGCAGGCAGGUCCGCGGACCCCGCCCCACGAGAUCCGUGCGGAGAGAGCGUGGCUUCGGAGGUCCAGUCCAGCGACGGGACCCACAAAUCCCCAAGAAACUCCAAGGGCCCCCGGGCCGCUCGUAGCCCCUGCUCCAUGAGCCCCCUCCUCCCCAGGGCUCCGCAGCCACCCCAGCCCUGAUCUGUAGACCCCUCCAGGUUCGGAGACGGCGGCCUUGACCGUGGCUCUGCCCCAGGACCUAGCGCCCGGAUGGCUCGCAGGAGCGCCCCUCUCCAGGUGGGAGGCACCGAGAGCGAGUGCGUGAACGCACGGAUAGAUGCAGGGACUCGGUUCGCACGCACAGCACACCUGGGGACUUGCUCAGGUAGAGAGGCAGGCAGGCGCAAAGCGGGCCACCGCUCCCCGGGCCAACGCCCCCGCGCUUGCACCCGGCCGGGGUCUAGCAGGGGCCUGGCGGGGGGCCCCGGCCGUCAGCCACGCCCUGCCAGCUGCCUGCGACCCCGGCGGCGGGGCCCGACAAAGAGAACUGCUGCCAUUGGCUGAGGCGCGCCUUUCGGCCGCCGGCUCUAAAUCCGCGCGACCAAUCGGCGCAUUGAGAUGCAAAUAAAUGCUAUUAAAGGGGCGGGGCCGCCGCUGACGGAAGAUUUCUGGGAGCUCAGGCGUCGGCGAUUCGGCUGGAGCUGCUCGGGGCGCGGGCGCUCAUCGCGCUCGCCGCGCACCGGACGGUGCGAACCAUGACUCCACCCCUGGCGCCCGGCCGGGAUCGCGCGGGCCGGGAGGACGAGGACGGCUGGGAGAGGAGGGGGAACCGCAAGGCCCGGAAGCCCCUGGUGGAGAAAAAGCGGCGCGCGCGGAUCAACGAGAGCCUGCAGGAGCUGCGGCUGUUACUGGCGGGGGCGGAGGUGCGGGCCAAGCUGGAGAACGCCGAGGUGCUGGAGCUGACGAACGUGAGCAACUGCAGGCGGAAGCGAGCGAGCGCUUCGCCGCCGGCUACAUCCAGUGCAUGCACGAAGUGCAUACGUUCGUGUCCACGUGCCAGGCCAUCGAUGCCACCGUCUCCGCUGAGCUCCUGA